ACACACAGCACCCCCACCCUUGUCUUGUCUCAAGGGCCAGUCCACCUCGCUCUUCCGUCUCUCUUCUGCACAUGUACAUCUCCCUUUCUCUCUCUCAAAGAGAGCCCUAUGGGCUCAGCCUUAUCAGAGCUACUUGGAGAUGAGCUCCACCUCAGGAUGAAUGAACCGCUGACGUGACUUUGUUAAGGAUGUGGAGCUUUCCUAUGGAUCACAGCGGACAUGAAUCCCGACCACUUGUCAACCAGCAGGUUUCGCUGCCGUCGACUUCCCCGAGACACUGCACGUCAACACCCGGCUGCGGACGUACACUUCCGACUAUCAGUGCAAUGGAUAAUCCUUUUGACCCAGAGGUCAAGUUGAAGUUUUGCAAAGCCACAGCCGCGUCCGGACCAGUGCUGUUGGCCAGAGGACAGUGGUCCAGCAAAAUCGAGUUCCUCUUGGCAGUUGCGGGACAAAUCAUUGGGCUUGGAAACGUGUGGAGAUUUCCCUACCUGUGCUACAAAAAUGGAGGCGGUGUGUUCUUUAUCCCUUAUAUACUCUUCCUCUUCACAUGCGGCAUCCCUUUGUUCUUGCUGGAGACGUCUCUGGGGCAAUACACCAACCAGGGUUCAAUCACCUGCUGGAAGAAAAUCUGUCCCCUCUUUGGAGGAAUGGGUUAUGGAAGUCAGGUGGUAGUGUUAUACUCCAGCAUCUAUUACAUCAUCAUAUUGGCAUGGGCCUUCGUGUACCUCUUCUCCUCCUUCAGCUCUGAGCUUCCAUGGGCAAGCUGCAGAAAUAGUUGGAACACUGAAACAUGUGUUGAGUUCAAUCAGAGGCGUCUUCUCAACUGGACAAAGGCAGAAAAUGCGACAUCACCUGUGAGAGAGUUUUGGGAGAGGAGAGUACUGAACUUGACAGGAAGUAUCCAUGAAUUGGGUGGUAUUCGAUGGGAGUUGGCUCUUUGUCUUCUCCUGUCCUGGAUCAUCUGUUACUUCUGCGUGUGGAAAGGAGUCAAGUCCACUGGAAAGGUUGUGUACUUCACCGCCACGUUUCCAUACCUAAUGCUUGCCGUGCUGCUCGUCCGUGGACUCACUCUGCCAGGGGCCUUAGACGGCAUCAAGUUUUACCUCUACCCAGACCCAUCCCGCCUGAGUGAUCCCCAGGUCUGGAUGGACGCUGGCACGCAAAUAUUUUAUUCCUACGCUAUUUGCAUCGGCUGCUUGACGGCACUCGGCAGUUAUAACAAGUACAACAAUAACUGCUACAAGGACUGUGUCUACUUGUGCCUUCUGAAUAGCGGGACCAGCUUUGUGGCCGGGUUUGCCAUCUUUUCGGUUCUUGGGUUCAUGGCUUACGAACAAAACACAGACAUAUCCAAAGUAGCUGAAUCAGGUCCUGGCCUGGCGUUCAUCGCCUACCCUCGAGCGGUGGCCAUGAUGCCCUUUCCUCAGAUUUGGGCCAUCUUCUUUUUCAUCAUGAUCAUCCUGCUGGGAUUGGACAGUGAGUUUGUAGGUCUGGAAGCUCUCGCAACGGCCAUUUGUGACCUGAAGCCUUCCUUCUUCCACGUGGGCCAUCGGCGUAAACUUCUUCUGCUUAUCAUCAGCGUUUUCUGCUUCCUCGUCGGCCUUGUCAUGGUCACUGAAGGUGGACUGUACAUCUUCCAGCUGUUCGACUACUACGCCUGCAGCGGCAUGACUCUACUUCUCUUCGCCUUACUCCAGUCUGUGUGUAUUGGAUGGGUGUACGGAGCCGAUCGCUUUUACGACAACAUCCAGGACAUGAUCGGUUACAGACCCUUGGGCCUGGUAAAAUACUGCUUGAAAUACGUCACUCCAGUAAUCUGCAUGGGAACAUUUGUCUUUUCCUUGGUUAAAUACCAACCUCUGAAAUUCAACAACACCAUUGUGUAUCCAUGGUGGGGGUACGCUUUGGGCUGGUGGUUUACUCUCUCCUCCACACUCAACGUUCCUUUAUGGAUGAUCUACAACCUCAGCACCACUUCUGGGACACUUCGACAGCGGGUGGCCUUUCUAUGCACUUCAUCUGAAGAUCUUCCCAUGGCCAAAUCUGACAAGAAAGCACUCAAACUGCACACCUUGGUGCCCAAAUCCGACAUAGUGUGAGCAAGACACAGGAAACACUGAGGCACAACACACACUUUGGAACUGUCUUGGCUAUCUCCGGUGAUUUAACAACAGCAAAGCACAACACACAUCAAUGAGCAUUGAGGGUGCACUGAAAGUCCGCUUGUAUGGGUCCAUUCCUAUCAAUCACCAAUAUUUGAUGGUUUACAUGAAAGGUAUGAAAGAGCAUGGGUGAAAUUUGUAUUAGUAAUCAAAACACAGUUUAGCCUAUAGAUGGAGUUCCAUGGCUCAAAAUUGUGCUUGUAACUGCCUGUAAAUGUUCAAAUGUGUUGAUUUAACCUCAAUUUGUGUAUUUGUGGAGGUGCUAAUGAAGCCAUACAGAUCAGCUGAUAGUUGCGACUACCUACUCUGCAUACUUGAACCUUGACUAAAGCGUAAAAUACAAUGUGUUCAGUCCUUUCCAGUCGUUGAUUGAAGAAAACGAUUUGGACAGGAAGUGCCUUCAAAAAAAACUCCACUUCUUCCAUUAUUAACUAAGGAACUAAACGUUACGCUCCAUUUGUCAAAUGUAUUGGAUUAUUCCUUAAAUAAGGCGCUUUUAAAUUUACUUUUUAGGGGAGUUGCAGCGUGUCUAAAACAAAAGAAAAAUGUCAUUUUCAAGCAUACUUUAUUCACUAAAGAGCGCAAAAAUGCUUCAAUUUUGUUUGUUUUUUUGCCUAGUCUGUGCCACACCGCUUUAUUUAGUCACCAAUUUAGUGGAAUACUGCUGACUGCUAGCAAAUGACCGUUGAAACACACUUUAACCAGGUUGAGAGGUACCUAGGAAUAAAAAAAGCAUUUAAAUCCAGACCAUUUUAAAUUGAAUCAGUCCACCUUUAUACUUAUACGUCCUUUACCAUAAUUUAUUCACCAAGAAAAAAAAAAACGUGCACUAAAAAUCCUCUAUCUAUCAUACAAGCUUAACAAAAUCUAUUUUAUUAUCAUUACUAUAUUUACCCAAGUAUUAAAAGACCUUGAAUAUAGGGCUCAAAAGUGUGACAUGUAAACGCAACGUCUAAAUGGCUUGAUUCCUAGAUGCUGUCCUAAAGUUAUGUUCUUUUUUAACAAGUUGAAAACAUUGAUUCACAUAACUAGGAUUUGAAAUAUGUUGAGUUUCUCCAGGAGUCAGCACACAGUGAAAAGUCCUACUGCCUUGAGGACCCAUCAGUCUUCUCUUCCUGAUGUCAAUUUCCGAUGUAUUGGACACACGUGUUGAUGUUGGUUUGUCCGUGAGCAUUUACCCACUUGACAUUCUGAAAUGUUUGGUCCGUAGAAAAACUUGACUCCAUUGACGAGCAAGAUACAGGACACGUCCAGCAGUUUGCUAAAAUGUUGUCUGUUGGAUGUGCUCAUGUGGAUAAUUUCUGCUAAUUGUACUUAUUCUUUAAGGUGGGGAGCCUUCACAACAGUUUGUUUUGUUACAUUUUUUUCUUUUAUACAAUUUUUGUUAAUCCAGUUUGUUUGUCUCUCUCACAAUACUGCUGGUUGAGUACAGCCAUGUCAACAAAAACUGUCUCCAGCAACAGUGACUACCCAUCCCCACAAUGCAUUGCAAAAUCACGUGCCCUUUAAAGCCCUGUAAGACCUCUUUUUAUGGACCGGUUUUCAUGUCUUCAAAAUCAUUUUUUUUUUAAAUGGUAGAUUGUAAUAUAAAUAUAUAUCUUUGUUUUGCUUCUGGACAAUCAUGCCUAACUGAUCACCGUUAUCUUUAAAUGAGCAAGUUGCUAACAACCAGGCCACCUGCGUUGCCUUGACUCACAUAUGAUUGAAGUGCCAUCCCAUUCCUAACCCAUAGGGUUCAAUAUGAUGUUGGUCCAUCUUUUGCAGCUCCAAACUGUUCCCACAAGGUUGGGAGCAUGGAAUUCUCCAAAAUGUGUUGGUAUUCUGGAGCAUUCAAAGUUUUUUUCACUAGAACUAAGGGGCAAAGUCCAACUCCCUAAAAAAACAACAACCCCACACCAUAAUUCCUCCUCCACCAAAUUUCACACUCGGGACAAUGCAGUCUGAAAUGUACUGUUCUCCUGGCAACCUCCAAACACAGACUCGUCCAUCAGAUUGCCAGAUGGACAAGCGUGAUUCAUCACUCCAGAAAACACAUCUCUACUACUCUAUAGAGUCCAGUGGCGACGUGCUUUACACCACUGCAUCCGAAGCUUUGCAUUGGACUUGGUGAUGUAUGGCUUGGAUGCAACUGCUCAGCCAUAGAAACCCAUUCCAUGAAGCUCUCUGCGUACUGUACAUGGGCUAAUUUGGAAGGUUGCAUGAGGUUUAAAGUUUUGUAGCAACUACACUCUGCACUAAGCAUCCCCUGACACCACGCCCCCCCUACCACUGGCCUACCACUCAGUGGCUGAGUUGCUGUUGUUCCCAAACUCUUCCAUUUUCUUAUAAUAAAGCCGUCCUUGGAAUAUUUGGGAGUGAGGAAAUUUCACGACUGGAUUUGUUGCACAGGUGGCAUCCUAUGACAGUUUCACGCUGGAAAUCACUGAAGCGGCCCAUUCUUUCACAAAAGUUUGUAGAAACAGUCUGCAUGCCUAAGUGCUUGAUUUUAUACACCACCUUGAUUGUAUACACCUGAUUCUGAUCAUUUAUAUGGGUGGCCAAAUACUUCUGGCAAUAUAGCGUAUAAAACACAAGUAUCUGUAUCACACUGUCUUUGUCACUGCUGCAAGUGAUGAGGAGAAAAGCUUCAGAGUCUCUUUGGGAGAAGACUUUUUGUGCCACCUUUUGGUUUGCCUGUUUAAAUCUCAAGACCUCGAAAUAUAAGACCUGUCUUUUUUUUUUUUUUCUAGGGGAACAAUACCAUCGUCUUAAAGUUGCGUCUUUGUGGUAUUGCUGAAAUGACCCUCCAUAAAAUGACGCCAAGAUUAUAUGUUUGUUGGAAGUCUUGCUAAACACAACCAACCAGCUCCUCCAUCCAUCUUCAUCCGCUUAUUCGAGGUUGUGUCGCGGGGGCAGCAGCCAAAGCAGGAAAGCCCAGACUUCGUCCAGCUCUUUCUGGUGCGUCCCGAGGUGUUCCCAGGUUUUCCUAACAUGUCCUGGGUCUUCCCUGAGAGGUGUUCGGGUGGCAUCCUGACCAAUGCCCAAACCAACUCAUCUGGCUCCUCUCGAUGUGGAGGAGCAGCGCCUUUACUUUGAGCUCCCCCCAGAUGGCAGAGCUUCUCACCCUAUCUCUAAGGGAGAAUCCCGCUACCCGGCAGAGGAAACUCUUUCCGACCGCUUGUACCCGUGAUCUUGUCCUUUCGGUCAUAACCCAAGGCUCAUGACCAUAGGUGAGGAUGGGAACGUAGAUCGACCGGUAAAUUGAGAGCUUUGCCUUCUGGCUCAGCUCCUUCUUCACCACAACGGAUCGAUACAGCGUCCGCAUUUCUGAAGACGCCGCACCGAUCCGCCUGUCGAUGUCCUGACUCCUCUACUUGGGGCAGGGUCUCCUCCACAAUACGGAGAUGGCACGAUCAGCUCCCUGACUCAGUAAAUAGAAGGGGUUUGUGCAUGUGCCUCAAACACGAAGGUCCGGAGUAGUCCUGGUUUCAAUCCCGGGCUCGGGAUCUUUCUGUGUGGAGUUUGCAUGUUCUCCCCGUGACUUUGUGGGUCCCCUCUGGGUACCUUCGGCUUCCUCCCACCUCCAAAGACAUGCACCUGGGGAUAGGUUGAUUGGCAACACUAAAUGGUCCCUAGUGUGUGAAUGUGAGUGUGAAUGUUGUCCGUCUGUCUGUGUUGGCCCUGCGAUGAGAUGGCGACUUGUCCAGGGUGUACACCGCCUUCUCCCCUAUUGUAGCUGAGAUAGGCUCCAGCGACCCAGAAGGGAAUAAGCGGUAAAAAAAUGGAUGGAUGGAUGGACAGAAGAGUACAGACCUGUACCAAGGCUGAUAAAUCCUCACCAACUUUUCAUGUACAGUGGAACCUCGAUUCACGAACGCCUCUAUUUGCCUUCUUUUCGAUCGAGCCAAAUAUGCCUCGUGUGGGACCAAUGUCUCAGUGUACAAUCACUUCAUUCAUUGUUUCAUUUUGAUGACAACACUUUUUGUAAUACACCAUUUUUAAGAGGCGGGUACCAAACGUCACACUCUGUUUAUGUUUUACUCGGGGUACUCUCCCAACGGUGCCGCCAACGGGACUUAAGAGCAUCUAACAUGUAUGGCAAAAACAAGUCCCCAAUUCCAAGCGUUAUCAAAAAGGACAUUUGUAAGGUUGCUGGCUUUGCCCAAGGAGUUAAACAUCUUUGAAAGAAUGGAAAGUUGUUGCUCGUGUAGCUAAUGAGGAGCAGCGAGCCGGCGAUAGGAAUUCCAAGGCUAUCAAUUGAGAAAAGGCUUGCCAUUUAUACUGUAUAGGGGACCUGGGCAAAUUAAGGCCCGGGGGCCACAUGCGGCCCGCUCGUAAAAGGCUAAUAAAACCCACUACUACCGACCCAGCAGUCUGAUAGAGUAUAUAUCAAUGAUGAAAUCUUAACAUUGCAACACAUGCCAAUACGGCCGGUUUGGUUUACUAAAUAGCAAUUUUAAAUUCCGCGCGGAAGUAUCUUGCUAAAACGUCGCGGUAUGAUGACGCGUCCGCGUCAUUGUAGAGGACAUUUUGGUCCAGCACCGUUCACAGCUAUAAGUCAUGUCUUUUCAUCACAUCAUUCCACAGUAUUCUGGACAUCUGUGUUGCGGAAUCUUUUGCAAUUUGUUCAUUUAAUAAUGGAGACGUCAAAGAAGAAAGAUGUAGGUGGGAAGCGGUGUAUUGCGGCCGCCUUUAGCAACACAAACCCAGCAGGUGUUUCCUUGUUUAUAUUCCCGAAAGAUAAUAAUAAUAAUAACAAUGGAUUAGAUUUAUAUCACGCUUUUCUAUUGUUAGAUACUCAAAGCGCUCACAGUGAGGUGGGAACCCAUCAUUCAAUCACACCUGGUGGUGGUAAGCUACAUCAGUAGCCACAGCUGCCCUGGGGUAGACUGACGGAAGCGUGGCUGCCAGUUUGCGCCUACGGCCCCUCCGACGACAACCAAUCAUACAUUCAUCAUUCAUUCACCAGUGUGAGCGGCACCUGGGGCAAGGGUGAAGUGUCCUGCCCAAGGACACAACGGCAGCGAUUUGGAUGUCAAUAGGUGGGAAGCGAACCUGCAACACUCAGGUUUCUGGCCCGGCCGCUCUACCCACUACGCCUAACGGUGAAGCUUUACUAUGUAACAGAGCGGACAAGCAAACAUGGUUCCCUACCACAUGUCAACCGGCAGGUUUCGGUGAGAAAAUUGUGGUAAUAAGUCGGCUCUUACCGUAGACAUGAGCGGAGAGCGUGCGUCGUUCCUCCUGCACCUGUCAAAGAGGCAGCUGCAGACUCUCUUGCCUCCUCCCACCGUCCGCCCCCGACCGUCGGAUGCUUCCACCGUGGAGGAAGCAUCGGCUGCCUUCGCCUCGUCGAGAAACGUGGCUUCCCUCGGAGACACCGGCGGUCACCACACCCCUCCGACUUUCAGGUUGUACAGGUACGACCAUAUAAAUUUACUAAAACACUUGUAACAAAAUAAGUAGAUAAGGGUUUUUUGUCUAAUAACAUCUGAAUCGCUCUGCCGUCUAUUUUUUUUCUUCUAGUCCUUCACUCUCACUUUCCUCCUCCACGAAUCUUUCAUCAUCGCUCAAAAAAAUGGGGAAAUCGUCGCUUUCUCGGUCCGAAUCGCUUUUGCUGCUGGUGGCCAUGAUUGUAAACAAUGUGAGGAGCUCCACAACCCGUGACGUCAUGCGCACAUCGUCUGCUACUUCCGGUACAGGCAAAGCUUUUUUAUUAGCAACCAAAAGUUGAAAACUUUAUCAUGGAUGUUCUCUACUAAAUCCUUUCAGCAAAAAUAUGGCAAUAUCGCAAAAUGAUGAAGUAUGACACAUAGAGUGGACCUGCUAUCCCCGUUUAAAUAAGAAAAUCUUAUUUCAGUAGGCCUUUAAGCUUUUCAAUCUGGCCCGCCGGACAUUCCCAAAUAUUUUUUUAGAUCUUUAAGAGGGAAAGUGUAGCUGCCAUUAUGAUAUGCAGUGAUGUUUUCUAAUGACCGUAAGUCUUGAACUAUACUAAGUAUUUUAAUGGAUGGAAUAUGCGCUUUUGCAUGACAUUUUAGUGACUAGUGUUGUCCUGAUACCAAUAUUAUUUUGAUACUUUUCUGUACUUUGAUACUUUUCUACAUAAAGGGGACCAGAAAAAUUUGCAUUAUUGGCUUUAUUUUAAUAAAAAAUCUUAAGGUGCGGCGGACCGGUACUUUUCAGCGGCGGUAUGGUACCGAAUAUGAUUCAAUAGUAUCGAGGUGCUAUACUAAUACCCGUAUACUGUACAACCUUACUAGUUACUAUGGUAAUCUACGUCACAGCAGGUCAGACGAGGCACCAAGCAGUGUGGGUAGAGAGCGUUUCCACAGAGUGUUUCCAGAGCCUGAAAUGCGGGUGUCAGGGACAGAUGCGGAAGGAGAUUUUUACAAGAAAGUUCUAAAGCUUAGUGAUACAUAAAAUAUAUCAGAUUGUAGAUGUUUUGUUUUUUUCACCCUUCAAGUUCAUAUUUUGCUGUGUUUGUUUUUGCAUUUUUGUUGCAUUUGGCUUGACUGUAUAUAUGUCGAUUGAGGGGGAGGGGUGUUGUGACGUACAUUUUUUCCCAAUAUUCAGGGUUUUAUCAUUCACAGGAAUAAAUACAAUUCCAUUCCGUUUUAAAGCGGUCUGCCAUAACAUUUUCAGCAUUCAGUCAGACUUUAUCGUGAGGUUUUGUAUUAGUUUUCCCAAAAAUAUAUACCGGCCCCGAGACACAUAUUUUUUCUCCAAAAGUUUCAAAAGAGCAGCCUCUUCAACUUGCAUUUAAUUGCAAGAGGAGAUACCUACUUGCCUUUUUUUUUUAAACUGUGACAAGACUUUUUGGGGGGCGGGGGGGAAUGUUAAAUGCUAGAAGGGAUCUUUUUCGCCAGAACAGCAAAACACACAACAUAGAGCAGUGGUUCUCAACCUUUUUUCAGUGAUGUACUCCCUGUGAACAUGUUUUUAAUUCAAGUACCCCCUAUUCAGAGCAAAGCAAUUUUGGUUGAAAAAAAGAGAUAAAGAAGUAAAAUACAGCACUAUGUCAUCACUUUCUGAUUUAUUAAAUUGUAUAACAGUGCAAAAUAUUGCUCAUUUGUAGUGGUCUUUCUUUUACUAUUUGGAAAAAAUAUAUUUGAAAAUAACUAAAAACUUGCUGAAAAAUAAACAAGUAAUUCAAUUAUAAAUAAAGAUUUCUACAUAAAGAAGUAAUCAUCAACUUAAAAUGCCCUCUUUGGGGAUUAUAAUAGAGAUCCAUCUGGAUUCAUGAACUUAAUUCUAAACAUUUCUUCACAAAAAAAGAAAUCUUUAACUUCAAUAUUUAUGGAACAUGUCCACAAAAAAUCUAGCUGUCAACACUGAAUAUUGCAUUUCUUUUCACAGUUUAUGAACUUAGUAUUAUUAUUCAAUAAAUAUAUUUAUAAAGGAUUUAUGAAUUGUUGCUAUUUGUAGAAUAUUUUUAAAAAAUCUCACGUACCCCUUGGCAUACCUUCAGGUACCCCCAGGGGUACGCUUUGAGAACCCCUGACUUAGACGACCACCUCACACUGCUAAUUUGUGAUAACUCAAGAUGUGCUUGUUUACUUCUCCCAGACUCUUCACCAAAUGUCACAAAUAUUCAAAGUCACAAGGUGAAAUAAUCAUCUUCAGUGUGUUAUGGUAACAACGUGUGUGUGUGUGUGUGUGUGUGUGUGUGUGGGUGUGUGUGUGUGUGUGUGUGUGUGUGUGUGUGUGUGUGUGUGUGUAUUGACGGUUAAGCAGGCUGUUGUGAUGUUUGAAUAAAAAAAAGUUUAGCUAUUACCCGCUCGUUAAGUUCUUUUUAUACAUAUACAGUAUAUACACACACAUUAUAGUGUCUUCAAAGUGUGCAUUUUAGAAUACAAAACGGGGACUUUGAUUGAGGCUGGAAUCAACUAUUUAUGUUAUUGUUCCCUGCGGAGAAAUCCGUGUCACUCAACGACCGUUGCGGUUGGUAAAUUAUGUUCAAGAACCGAUUAAGUUCGUAGAUCGAGGUUCCACUGUAUUAAAUUUCUCGCAAAUGUCCAAUUUUUAUUUUUAUUUUUAUUUCAUUUUUUUACAUUAAGUGUAAGACCUUUAUUUAAGCGUUUGAAUGUCUUGGGGAUUAUUUGCCAUAUUUUAAAAAGUCCCUCAUCGACUUUUUGCUCCCUUUUCUCAUUAUUGUGAGAAAAUACAAUAAAUACAUUUUUAAAUAAUUAAAUGUGUAAUUAAUGAAUAAUAAUUAGAAUAAAGAUAUCUGUUACCAAAUAUUUCAUGAAUUGUUAUUAGUUGAAAUACAUUCAAUUAUUGAUAUAAUUAUUUCACAAUUUAAUUAUUAAUUUUACCGUUGCAUGAUUUAAAUGAUGACACAUUUAAGUAAUUAUUUAAACAUGUAUUUAUUUAAUGCUGGUACUGAAUCCGUCCUCCAAAAAUAUUGGUAAUGUAAUGAAAUGGGAAUCAAAACAUGUCUGGAACAUUCCACCAAAUCAAUACCAUUUACCUAUUGUAUAUUUCUCAAAAUAAACUUCAAUUUUUAUAGUUUUUCUUUUUCAAGCCUGAUCAAACACAAAUAGAGCUACUAAAAAUGUAUUUUUGUCCAUCUUAUGUAACUUAAAACUUUUUUUUUUGCAAGUCCAUAAGAUGAAAAUGUCUCAUUUCAACAAAACACAACUGAGUGAGUUGAGGCAUUUAAUUAGCAAAUAUAUCCACAUAGCAUUUAUUGUUUAUUGUGUCUUUGAUGUUAUUUGUUGGCACUAAGCACAUUAAGAUCAUUAAAAAUAUAUAUUAUAUUUUAAAAAUAGACAUUUAAAAAAAUAAUGUGCUGAGAUUUUAACAAGCAAAUGGGGGUGUCCUGAUCCGAUAAAAAAAAAGUAUUUAAAAUAUCUCAAGUACAAGCGAGUUAACAUCUAAUUGUCCUCCAAUAAGCACACAAUGUUGGCCCUUUUCUUCUGUUUUAGUCAAGUCAUUUACAAAAGGUGUAAACGUGGUAGGCUAUGCUACUAGGAGCUAUAACAGCAGCGACACAACAGCUAAGCACACAAUAGCGCACAAGCUAGACAUAUGUAUGGUCCUUAAUUGAAAAAUAUUGCAAUGUAUAAAAAGCACAUUUGUCAAUACAAACAAGUAUCAAAUGAUCAAAGUUGCUUCACACAUACAAUGUCUCCAAGGAUGUAUCUAGUAACAAACGAGUCCGUGUCAUUCAACUUACUGCAUUAUUAGCGCAAUGAAGUGUUGUAGCUACCUAAGUGUCUGCUAAAAAGAUUUAAAGUAUCAGUCUACUUCACAAGGUCAUUUUUAAUCAUUUCUUCAAUUGUUGUCUUUUUAAGCCUGCUAAACUUGAUCAAGCGUUUUCUAACAUUACAUGCUACAAAAUAAUAAAAAGUAUGUUUAAUUCCUGCUGAUGUCAUAUCAGGUUAAUAUCUUUUUCUAGGCUCCAAUAUCGGUAUUGUAUCGGAAGUCAAAAAGUUGGGACACUCCAAGUAGAAAAAAGUGUAUCAUAGAAUAUCCAGAACAAUAAAGGAGUCAUCUUAACUGGUCUUCUUCCCAUGGCCUGCAGAGAACGGAAACGAUGCCAAAACAUUUUUUAGAGGGUACAACGCAGGAGUCCCCAAACUACGGCCCCCCAGCGUCCAAAAUCGAGAGAAGCGAGAAGUCCCAAGUUAUUAUUUUAUUCUAAUUAUUUUUUUUUAAAUCUGUCCUUUCUAAUCCAUUUUCUACCACCUGUUACUCUCGUGGUCUCCUAGCCGCUCAGGCAAAUCAUAUUGUCUAAAAAUUUCCCUGCUCUUCAGGGGAUUUUAUUAUAUAUUAUAAAAAUCCCCUGAACAGCAGGAAAACCUGCGGAACAGGCUUGUAAGGUACACAUAUACGUACACGUAUACAUAUAUAUAUUAUACAUACAUACAGUCCGGCCCCCAGCCAGAUUUUUUUUAACCCAAUGCGGCCCCCCGAGUCAAAAAGUUAGGGGACCCCUGGUCUAGCCUUGUUAGGGUAAUUGAGUUAAAACCCAGGAACACCACUAAAUACAUUUUGACUAAAUAUAGAUUUUUUUUUAAGGAAACUGAAAGUUUAGUUGGGAUACAAAGAAUGUAAAAAAAAAAUUUGACAUUUUUGAAAUAUUUUAAUGAUUACAUUUUAUGGUAAAGUCUUAAUUUUAGGAAGCAGAGUCAAAAGAAAGCAUUUUUUUGUGUGUGUGUUUAGCGUAAUUUGCUUCUUUUAAAAUGUGUUUAUUAAAUAUGCAAUCAGAUCAAUGUACGAGACACUUUGCUUAUUAUAAACUAUUAUUUUACUAUGAAAUGUACUUUACACAUUUAAUUUCCUGGGCACACAAAUGACACAGAUUUGGUGAAUCUACAAACACAAUCAGCCAAUAAGAAGCAUGAUGCUCACAAUCAUUCAGCCUUGGAAAGAGUAAACAAGGAGACAGUUGGCUGUCCAAGAGGAUUCACACUUGUGACCAUUGAAAGCAUGUAUUAAUUUUUUUGUUAGCGUCUUUUGUCUUAUAAAAGACUAAACUGAUUUGUAUAAUUUUUACAUCUAAUUGAAACGUGUGAUCUUUGUGUAACACUACUAUGCCAUGAUAUAAAAAAUAAAAGGCCUGAAAUGGAA